UGCCAAACAGCUAGUCGCUCGCUCGCCUAAGCCAGCGAGAAGCGAUCAGCGACCUCCGCGGUCCCAUGGCCAUGCACGCCUUCGGCCCCCGCCUGGCGCCGCGCCUCGACGAGAGCGAGGCCGCGCCGCCCAUUUCGCGGCGGCUCCCAGCGCGGAAGGCGGCGCUAGCGGCAGGACGCCUGCAGCCGAGCGGAAGCGCCCCAGCGCUGCGCCGCAGAAGAGGCAGCUCAACCUCCUCGCUGACACUGGAGACGCCCGAGACUCCCAAGGAUCGGGAAAAGGUCUCUGCAAGCUCGACCCCAGACCGUCGAUCGGCCCAGGUGCCCUCUGAUGGUACUGGGGCCUUUGAACGAGCUCGCUGGGCCAAGAAGAAUGUCUCCUUGAUCGACUGGAAGUCUGCAGCCGCGCGCGCUGUGGAGGACCGCGCCUCGCAAAAGCGACAGGUCCCGCAGAGCUAUGACCAGGACACCAGGUCCCACAGGGAGGAGCCCUCGCUCUUCCUGUCGAUGCAGCGCGAGCUGUCGGCUUAUGAGAAGGCCUGCUUCCAGCAGCGGCUGCUGCCCAAGUUCAUGCACCGCGUCAGGGAGGCCACCGCCAACGAUGUCUUCGACUUUUGCUCUUCCGGGGUGGGUGACGACCAGCUGGUCGCCAUCUUUUCGGACGGGGGCCUGGUGCCUUGGGAUCGGAUCCGGCGCUGGCGCCUGCGGGACGCGCGCAUGCGCCACCUGGGGGCACAGCAUCUGGCGAAGCGCCUCAACGAGGAGGUUGAGGCCAUCGACCUGGCGAAGAACGAGAUCGGCUUCGCAGGCGCGCUGCGGCUCUCCAGCGCCUUCCUGCGGCUCACACAGCUGCGGCGCCUGGACCUCUCGGGCAACGGUCUGAGCGACGACGCGGCCAACGUCUUGGCCGGAGCCUUGGCGGGGUGCCCCAAGCUGCUGCGCCUGGACCUCCAGCAGAACGCCCUGCAGGAGGACGUGCCCAUGGAGGAGCUCCUGGCGAAGGACGAGAAGGAGGCCCGCCUGGAUGCCCGGGCAGACGCCAAGUGGCAGAGGCGCCGGGAGCUGAUGGCGAAGGUCAAGGAGCAGGCCCUCAAGGUCUCGGAGGGCCUCUACCAGUUCAGCGACGACCAGAUGGCCUUCUACAUCGCCAAGAUGAAGUACGAGCAUGAGGCCUUCAAGAUUCAGACCCGGCUCAACGCCACCACCAUCGCCCAGGAGGAGGCCAAGAAGGCGGACCAGGAGGACGCGCGGUGCUUCCUGAAAGGACAGGGCCUUCCGCCAUUUCCGCAGACCACCGGAGUGGCGAUCCUGAAGGAGGUCCUCGCGGCCCGGGCCUUCCUCACGGACACCCCGGCGGAGGUGAUGCAGCUCCCGGUCCAGGACGUGGCGGACUCCAAGGAGCAGAUGAUCCUGCGGGCGGUAUGCGACGAGCGCAUCUCGGUCCCGGUGGAGAGCCUCCAGCAGUUCCCAGAGGUGUACAAGGCCAUCUUGCAGCUGGUGUUGGACGAGCCGCCGGAGGGCCUCUACAACCGCUGGGUGAAGGAGCGGCUGGAGUACUACCGCCGGGUGGAGCCCUCGGCCCCGUUGCGGGACGUCUCCAUCGUGGACCAGAAGGACUCCGAGGCCUCCAUCUCCCUCUCCUCGGACACCGACGAGAGCGUGGACACUCAGCGGCGGAUUGACGGGGUCCGCACCGGGUGGACCGCAGCCGGACCGCUGGACGCACAGGUGCCUGAUUUCCGCAUUUGUUUGGCGGGGCUGCCGAAUUUCGAAGCAGAGCCCAGGCGACUGGCCGGCAAAGCCUCGGGAGCUGAGAAACCAGCCCUCCAAGGGGGCAAGAUGGAUCAGGCGGAUCGUUUGCUAAUGCGGCCGGAGCGGAUUCCGACGCGCGAGCGAGAGCUCCGGGAGCCCCGGGAGCCGCAGCCGCGGGAGCUCCGGGAGCCGCGGGAGCCGCAGCCGCGGGAGCUCCGGGAGCCGCGGGAGCCGCAGCCGCGGGAGCUCCGGGAGCCGCGGGAGCCCCGGCAGCCUUCAGCUCCGCCCAUUGGGCGGAUGAAGCGGACGGAGAAGGAGGAGCAGGAGGAGGAGGGCCCCAGCAACGCCAUGGUGGACAACUUCAUCACCAGGUGGAAUCUCCACGAGACUCAAGCCAGGCUGCUAAUGACCCGCCUGACCCCAGCCAAGAAGCUCCAUCUCAUCAAAAACUUCCAGCACUCCUCGGAGAAGGGCCCUGUGAUGACGGCGCUGCGAGCGCAGGUGCAGGCCUUUCAGUCGCCGAGCGCCGUGAAGAAGCUCCCCUUCGCCGCCGCCCAGGCGCGCCGCGCCGCGGCGCCCUCUGCGCCGGGCUUGGCGGUGCGCGGCAGCGUGGGCACGCUGGGCGUUGCGAGGCCUGCCAGGCCGUCGUCUCCGGCCGCGCGGCCGCGGCCGCCCGCGGGGCCACCCCCGCGGCCCGGCAUGGCGCCGGUGGCAAAGGCGACCGGCCUCAAGCGUUUCUCUGCGCCCAGCGAGGGCACUGAGAGGCCGCCCGCCAAGCGCGCGAGAGCGGCUGAUGGUAGCGCCAGGCCCGUGUCGCCGACUCCUCCCUCAAGGCCUCCACCCAAAGCUCGUCCUAGGCCACUGACACCACCUAGGCCAGCAUCGGCGCCCACUAGGCCCGUGGCCAAAGCGGGGAGUGGCAGCGCCAGCGCAAGGGCCAGUGGCUCACCAGCGCCUCAACGCAGGACCACCAGCUCCUACGUCGGCAGGACGGCAACAUCAGCUGGUGGCAGUGCAGCAAGGUCUGGCACUCCCGUCGGCGCUGCUUCAAGGCCUGUGGCAAAAGCCGGGAGUGCAAGCGCGAGGGCCUCUAGUGGCUCUCCCGCGCCUCAAAGUAGGACAACCAGUUCAUACGUCAGGUCGGCAACUCCAGCUGGCGGCGGCAGUGCUACAAGGUCUGGAACUCCAAGCAGCGUCACGGCUUCAAGGCCCGUGGCAAAAGCCGGGAGUGCAAGCGCGAGGGCCUCUAGUGGCUCCCCGGCGCCUCAAAGUAGGACAACCAGUUCAUACGUCAGGUCGGCAACUCCAGCUGGCGGCGGCAAUGCUGCAAGGUCCGGCACUCCAAGUAGCGGCGCUGCUUCAAGGCCUGCAGCCAAAGCAGGGAGUGCGAGCGCCAGGGCUGGCAGUGGGUCUCCAGGGCCACCCAGGAGGCCUGCCAGCCCGGCAGCGAGGCCUGCUAGUGCUGAUGCUUCUAGGAGGCCCGCCAGCCCGGCAGCAAGGCCGGCAGCUGGCAUGAGGCCCACUCCCAAGGGCAGAGGCGCCCCCGCGAGGCAAGAGUCGGUGUCCACGACUCCGAGGCCUCCCAGCACCCCUCCCCCGCAGUUCAACAAAGCUGAAAGCAAAGAAAAGAUCAGGCAGGGGCUGAUGAGCAGCAGGCGGACGGCCGCAGCCAGGCCACCCGACAAGGAGCACGGCAAUUGGAUCAAGAACCUUCUGUAG